CUCUGAUAUUACAGGACCGCGAUCCAACUUGCCCACCUCCGAGUCCACGCCCACAGCCGCCGACCAAUCACCGUCCGCCUGGAAGAGCAGGCUUACUGCCAGCAAGCAGUGGAGUCGCUGCUGAAAGGAUCAGCCCUGAUUAAUCCCGCAACAAGUGACUUUUAAGGACCCAGAGGAUUCCCUGCCAAACUUUUGGGAAGAGGUCUAAACAGGGGAUUCAAAAAGUUGAGCUGUAGCUUCCUAUACAGAGGUGGACAUAUGCAAGGCGCGACUGGAAGUGAGAGCCUGCCACUUCUAUUCCCAUUGCUCCUGUUUUUGGGCUGCAGGAAGCUGCUCCAGGAACCCUCAACGUGUCCGGAAAGGUACGCUCGGCUUGAGCCACGACUGGCCAGGCUCUGAGGAAAGUGAAAGGGGAAGUAGGGAAGUGAGAGCGCUGCAAGGAGGAUGUUGGAUCCGUCUUCCAGUGACGAUGAGCCGGAGGACUUGCUGGAAGAAGAAACGCAAGAUGUGUUGGUGGCAUCGGGUGGCGGAGCUGCUCAGUGGGAUGCCAGGGACAAUGCUGCCCGCUCAACCCUGCCCAGACCUGCCAGUCCCAGUCCGUCGGUGCGGAGCGAGGGUAGAGAGGAACAGGAGAGACUGCAGAAAGAAGAGAAGGAGAGAAAGAACCGACUGCAGCUCUAUGUGUUCAUAAUGAGAUGCAUCGCCUACCCUUUUAAUGCCAAGCAACCCACCGACAUGGCCAGGAGACAGCAAAAGCUGAAUAAGCAGCAGCUGCAGACUAUAAGAGAAAGAUUCCAGUCAUUCCUUAAUGGAGAAACACAAAUUGUGGCUGAUGAAGCAUUUUGCAAUGCUGUAAGAAGCUAUUAUGAAGUGUUCUUGAAAAGUGAUAGAGUUGCCAGAAUGGUUCACAGUGGAGGAUGCUCUUCUAAUGACUUCAGAGAAGUUUUUAAAAAGAACAUAGAAAAACGAGUCAGAAGUUUGCCAGAAAUUGAUGGUCUAAGCAAAGAAACAGUAUUAAGCUCAUGGAUUGCUAAAUAUGAUGCAAUAUACAGAGGAGAAGAAGAUCUGCGCAAACCUCAGAACAGGAUGGCACUAAGUUCUGUAUCAGAACUAAUACUUAGCAAAGAACAACUAUAUGAAAUGUUUCAGCAGAUCUUGGGAAUACAAAAAAUUGAGCAUCAGUUGCUAUACAAUGCCUGCCAGCUAGAUAAUGCUGAUGAACAAGCAGCUCAGAUUAGAAGAGAGCUUGAUGGACGUCUACAGGUGGCAGAUCGAAUCGCAAAGGAAAGGAAGUUUACAAAAUUUUUAACCAAAGAAAUGGAGAGUAUGUACAUAGAAGAACUGAGAUCUUCAGUGAAUUUACUUAUGGCGAAUUUGGAAAGUCUUCCCGUGUCCAAAGGGGGCACUGAGUUUAAGCUGCAAAAGUUAAAGCGAACACAAAAUCCAACAUUUUUGGACAUUGGUGAUGAAAAUGAUGUUCAGCUGUCAAAAUCGGAUGUCGUGUUAUCUUUUACUUUAGAGAUUGUUAUAAUGGAGGUACAAGGUCUUAAAUCAGUAGCACCAAAUCGUAUUGUAUACUGCACAAUGGAAGUAGAAGGUGGAGAGAAACUUCAGACAGACCAAGCAGAGGCCUCAAGACCGCAGUGGGGAACACAAGGAGAUUUUACUACAACGCACCCUCGCCCCAUUGUAAAAGUAAAGCUUUUCACAGAAAGUACUGGUGUUUUGGCCCUUGAGGAUAAAGAGCUUGGAAAAGUAAUACUAAGACCAACAUCCAAUAGUUUAAAGACUCCAGAGCUACAUAAAAUGAUAGUACAUAAAAACAGCCAAGAUACAGCUCUGAAGAUAAAACUGGCAGUAAGAAUGGAUAAACCACCUCACAUGAAGCACAGUGGAUAUUUGUAUGCAAUGGGCCAGAAAGUUUGGAAGCGCUGGAAAAAACGUUAUUUCGUUCUAGUACAGGUUAGCCAGUAUACAUUCGCAAUGUGCAACUACAGAGAAAAAAAAUCAGAGCCUCAAGAGCUCAUGCAGCUUGAAGGAUACACUGUGGAUUACACAGAUCCUCAGCCAGGUCUCAAGGGUGGCCAUAUGUUUUUUAACGCUGUCAAAGAAGGAGACACAGUUAUUUUUGCGAGUGAUGAUGAACAGGAUAGAGUCCUAUGGGUGCAAGCAAUGUACAGAGCAACAGGGCAGUCAUAUAAGCCCAUAGUUUCAAAUCAGGCACAGAAAUUAAAUCCCAAAGGACUGAAUACUCAACCAGACACAUCUCAAAAUUAUACAGACCGUGGCCAGAGACAUGGCAUGGAUGAAUUUAUAUCCGCUAAUCCCUGCAGAUUUGAUCAUGCCUCCCUCUUUAAAGACCUUCAAAUACAGACACUGGAUCACCGAUUAAAUGAUUCUUAUUCUUGUCUGGGUUGGUUCAGUCCUGGCCAGGUUUUCGUAUUAGAUGAAUACUGUGCACGAUAUGGUGUUCGUGGUUGCCAUCGUCAUCUCUGCUACCUUAAGGAAUUGAUAGAGCAUGCUGAAUCUGGGGCUGUGAUUGACCCAACAUUGCUUCAUUACAGCUUUGCUUUCUGUGCAUCUCAUGUUCAUGGUAACAGGCCAGAUGGAAUUGGAACGGUAACAAUGGAAGAAAAAGAUCGCUUUGAAGCUAUUAAAGGACAACUUGCAUCACUUUUACAGAACCAGAUAAGCCAUUUUAGAUACUGUUUUCCUUUCGGAAGGCCAGAAGGUGCUUUGAAAGCUACUCUAUCAUUAAUGGAAAGGGUAUUAAUGAAAGACAUUGCGACUCCUGUACCUGCAGAGGAAGUGAAGAAAAUUGUAAGAAAGUGCCUUGAAAAUGCGGCUCUAAUCAAUUAUACCCGCCUUACUGAAUAUGCAAAAAUAGAAGUCGCAGUAAAGGAAUCAGAGUCAAUGAACCAAGAAUAUGCGUCUAAAAAACUGGAAGAUGUCAUUAAUCUUGCUGAACUCUGUAUUGAAGUAUUGCAACAAAAUGAAGAACAUCAUUCGGAGGCCUUUUCAUGGUGGCCAGAUUUAUUGGCUGAACAUGCGGAGAUAUUUUGGGCCCUGUUUUCCGUUGAUAUGAAUUCAGCACUUGAGUCCCAACCCCAAGAUUCCUGGGAGAGCUUCCCACUCUUCCAACUGCUCAAUAAUUUUCUCAGAAAUGACUCGCUUCUAUGCAAUGGAAAAUUUCAUAAGCAUGUUCAAGAAUGCUUUAUGCCACUUGUCAUUCGUUAUAUUGAUCUCAUGGAGUCCUCCAUUGCCCAGUCAAUUCACAAAGGGUUUGAACAAGAAACAUGGCAACCAGUCAAGAGCAUCACCAACAAUCUUCCUACUGUUACUCUUCCAAAAGUUCCAAGCUUGACUCUUAAUCUUCCACAGAUACCUAGCUUUUCGGCACCAUCCUGGAUGGCUUCUUUAUAUGAUUCCACCAAUGGCUCUACAACCUCUGAAGAUCUGUUCUGGAAACUUGAUGCCUUACAGGUGUUUGUACAAGAUCUCCACUGGCCAGAAGCUGAAUUUGCAAACCACUUAGAACAGCGUCUUAAACUUAUGGCAAGUGAUAUGAUAGAAGCCUGUGUUAAAAGGACACGGGCAGCUUUUGAGCUUAAGUUGCAGAGGACAAAUAAAUCAACUGACUUUCGAAUCUCUGCAUCUGUAUGUACUAUGUUUAAUGUGCUGGUAGAUGCCAAAAAGCAAUGUGCAAAGCUGUGUGUUCUUGACAGUGGGCAAGAGUUUUAUAAGCAGUGGCAACAAUAUCACUCUAAAAUUGAUGAUUUAAUUGAGGAAACUGUUAAAGAAAUCAUAUCACUCCUGGUUUCCAAGUUCAUCUCUGUCCUUGAAAGCGUGCUGUCUAAGCUGACAAAGUAUGAUGAAGGCACGCUCUUCUCAUCAAUACUUUCCUUCACUGUGAAAGCUGCUUCAAAGUAUGUGGAAGUACCAAAACCAGGCCUGGACCUUGCAGAUACUUAUAUCACAUUUGUUCGUCAAAACCAGGACAUUUUGCGCGAAAAGGUUAAUGAAGAAGUCUACAUAGACAAGUUUUUUGAUCAAUGGUACAGCAGCUCCAUAAAAGUCAUAUGUGUGUGGCUGGCUGACAGACUAGAUCUUCAACUGCAUGUUUAUCAGCUAAAAACCAUCAUCAAGAUUGUAAAGAAAACCUACAGAGAUUUCAGGCUGCAAGGUGUGAUGGAUGGAACACUAAAUAGUAAAACGUAUGAGACUGUUCACCACCGUUUAACAGUAGAAGAAGCCACGGUUGCUGACUCUGAUAGAGGAGGGCUUCAGGGAGUUACUAUGAAAGACAGUGAUGAUGAAGAUGAUUGACAUGCCAUAUGUAUCCACCCAUAAAUGUUAGCAAGUUCCAUCAUCUAAUCUCAUUGUUGUUUCACUUUUCUUCGUAUACAAAUUUACAUAACCUAGAACUGUCCAGGACUCCAUGUAAAUCUGAAGAUGUUGGUUACAAACAACAAUUAUUGGCAGGUAAUAGAUUGUAAAAAGUGCAUCAAACACUUUCCUUCUGUUUUUUAAUGGGUUUGUUAAAUAAAUUCUGUUGAAUAAAAUAAAUUGAACUGAGCAGGGAUUGGCACUGCAGUUGUGGUACAUACAAGGGAUCUGUUAUCUGGAAACCUUUGAAAUAAGGCCUUGUCAUUUCCCAUAGUGUCAUAUUUAAUCCUAUAAUUCCUUAUUUUUGAUGUAUUUGCUUUUUCUCUAUGAUAGUUAAUCUAUAAAAAUAACUAAAGUAUACAUUUUUGGUGAUUUAAAAACAAAAAAAUAUUUUUUUUAAUGUUUAUAUACAUUAAGGCAAUGUUGUGCCAUAUAAUGGGAAACUCUCUAAUUUGGGAACACCCCAAGUCCAAGCAUUCUGGAUAACAGAUCCCAUGUCUGUAUUGUGCCAUGGGUGUCAUUAAGAACAUCAAAACAUUUGCAUCGGGUCAUUUAAUGAGAAAAUUCCUUUCCCAUAAAUAGCAUGUAAAAUAGGCAUAUUCAUUGCUUGCCUUCUCUCAAGACCAUGAAUUUCUUGCUGAGGUUGCUGCUCUAAAUAUUUCUUACAGUGUAGCUUAAAGGUAGUGAACAAAGCAGCAGACCUUGUUACUCUUAUACAUAUGACUUCUUUGGGGAAUAUGGAAGAAUGGGAAUGCUAGAUUUCCAUAAUAUAUGGAAGGGGCCAGUUCUUUAAAAUAGGAUGUAUAUUUCCAUUAUCAGAAAGUGACCCAGUAGUAGAGAGAAAAAGCUUCAGGUUGAAUCGAACUAAUGCAACAGAUGGUUGAAACGGUAAGAUUUCUAUCUGCGAGGAGUUGUUCAAGUAUCAGCUACCAAUCCCUUAUGUAUACCUGUACAUUUUUUUCAAAACAGAAUCUUUUUAAUAUAAAUGUUUAUGUAAAUUUUUGUGUUUUAAAAAGCUUGAUUUUUUACGUUUAAAAUCUCUUAUUAGAGAGCUCAACAGCCUAUCAACAAUGCCAAUGCAUUUGGCUGACUGUGCCAUUUCAUCCUAAAGUACUUUGUAUUUCAUUUGUUGGUGUUGGCCCCCACCCUUCCUUUUACUUUUACUCCAAUAUAUAUAUUCUCCAUCACCCUAACACUAGCCUGCCAAGAGAGUUCCUAACAUUGUUUCUAUGUAUUUACAAGAAAGUUUGAUAUUAACCAUAUAUUUGUCAUUUAAAUCAUCUAAUCGGAAUUGUUUACUGUAAUGUUGGGCACAAUUUUCAUGAUUGUGAAAAGUAUUUUAAGUUGGAAAAUGUGUAUCAUUCAUUUCUGAAGCGCUAGUAUUUUCAUAAAACCUACUACUAUUUCAAAAUAAAAUGUUUGUAUUUGUGCCUGAAAUUUGUAUUAUUCACGUAAUCGUUGUCACACACACUAUACAAAUGCAUUAAAGGGGUCUUUUUGUUAUUA